CGUUUGCUGCUUCUGUUUGUCUUUUCUUUUCUUUUUUUUUUUACCCUACCACCUGUUAAACAUUGAUCAAACUGUAAGAUACUGUGAGCGGAAAAUGUCCCGCUGUAAAGGACAGGUUCCGCUUUCCAAAUAAAUCCGGUAACAUUAGGCUCGAGAGUGGACAAAAAGAGGACGAAACCACGCCGCCGGAGCCUGGACUUAGCAGGUAGGUUGUUGUAAGAGGAGGUACCUCAGAGUUGGAGCCAUGUUGUCCACUGAGGAGAUUCUGGGCAGCACGCAGCAGGUGAUCGCAGGGCUGGAGGCGCUGAGAGGAGAGAACCACAGUCUGCUGGAGAGCCUGCAGCAGCCGACGGAGAACCGGCCAGCGUCAGAGAGCGGCAGCGUGGAGCAGGAGAAGAGCGGCAUCAUCCGCCAAUCACUAGAGAGGAUAGAGCUGGGGCUGAGCGAGGCACAGGUGAUGAUGGCAUUGUCGGCUCACCUGGGUUCACUGGAGGCGGAGAAACAGAAGCUGCGCGCUCAGGUGCGUCGUCUGUGUCAGGAGAACCAGUGGUUGAGGGACGAGCUGGCUGGCGCUCAGCAGCGGCUGCAGGACAGGGAGCAGGAGGUUGUCACCCUGGAGGAGCAGAACAAACACCUGCAGUUCAUGUCCUCCAUACGCAAAUACGACCAGGAGGAGCCGCAGCUGGAUGACAAAGACACGUCUUCCACCAAGGAGUCUCUGGAUGACCUGUUUCCUACCGAGGACGAGGAACAGUCACAGAUGUCCCAGCCUCACCACAGCAGUGCAGCAGCCGCAGCCCAGCAGGGCGGCUACGAGAUUCCCGCCCGCCUUCGAACGCUCCACAACUUGGUCAUCCAGUACGCAUCCCAGGGACGAUACGAGGUCGCUGUACCGCUCUGCAAACAGGCUUUGGAAGACCUGGAGAAGUCCUCAGGACACACCCACCCAGACGUAGCCACCAUGCUGAACAUACUGGCACUGGUGUACAGAGACCAGAACAAAUACAAAGAAGCAGCCAACCUGCUGAACGACGCGUUGGCGAUCAGGGAGAAAACUCUUGGGAUGGACCAUCCGGCUGUGGCAGCAACGCUGAACAACCUGGCGGUGCUUUAUGGCAAAAGAGGAAAAUACAAGGAAGCAGAGCCGCUGUGUAAAAGAGCUCUGGAGAUCAGAGAGAAAGUUCUGGGUACAGACCACCCAGAUGUGGCCAAGCAGCUGAACAACCUGGCUUUGCUGUGUCAGAACCAGGGGAAGUACCAGGAGGUGGAGCAGUACUACGAACGCGCUCUGCACAUCUACCAGAGCAAACUGGGACCGGACGACGCCAACGUGGCCAAGACCAAGAACAACCUGGCUUCCUGCUAUCUUAAGCAGGGAAAAUACAGACAAGCUGAAGCCCUUUACAAAGAGAUCCUGACCAGGGCACAUGAAAAGGAGUUUGGAUCUGUAGAAGGUGAAGGUCGUCCCAGCUGGUCCGGUGCAGAGGACGCCGGCUCCAGACAAGACGGACUCAGUAACCUGAAACGCAGCGGAUCCUUUACUAAACUCAGAGAGUCGAUACGCCGAAGCAGCGAAAAACUGGUCCGCAAGUUGAAAGGAGUCGGAGUGGAGGAAACGACCCAGAGGAGUGUUGGUAUGAAGAGGGCAAACUCUCUGAAUGUGUUGAAUGUUGGAGCCCGAGAGAGUCAGGACAGUGCCCAGUCGAGCCGUUUGACAGAUGUUCGAGGCCUCAGCUCCAGCACGCAGAGCCUGACAAGACGAGGAUCACUCAGUGGGACCAGCUAACACACACACACACACACACACACACACACACACACACACCGCUCAAGAUAACUGGACAGAUGUUCGCACACUGCUCUUUAAAGAUCGCUCACAUCAGAUAUCCUACACCAAAGUGGAUUCCCCACUUUGAGACCCUCCAGAAAAAGGAGAUAGUUGUCGCAACUGGAGACAAAAAUCUAACUUGCAAGUUUUUUUAAUAAUCCCUCAUUUCAAAAAUAACAAAUUAAUGCUGUCUGUUUUUGUUAACCCUUGAGGAAAUCUCACAUUUAGCCUAAUAAUAUGAUCUGUUGGUCUCCAGUAAUGACAAGUGUCUCCAAAAUGAUAUUAGAAAGGUGUGGGUCAGAUAUUGACAGAUCUACAUUGCACUAUAACCUUUCCUUCCUGUUCACUUGACAUUUAACAUAAUUCCUUCCUGGGUUUAGAUUAGAAUUGAAUUCAGUUUCCUGAUUACAAGUUAACUAUUAACUUAAAAAUGAAAGAAAAGAAAUUGUGUUUUAUUGAGCACAAAAAUCAUUUUAGAUGACCUAAAAUAAUACCAGCAUUUACACUGUAAGAAAACUUUACUGUAUUUUCAUAAACCAUAUCAUGUGUCAUUUAACAAACGUAAAUCUGUAAUACAAUCAAUUUUACAUUUGAUGUAUUAGGUGUUUCCUAAUGCUAGUGUUCCCUUUUUUAGGUACAUUUCUAUUACCAACACUGUUAUUUAUAUUUUAAAAUGUCUAAAGAUAAAACAGGCAUAUUGACAUUACAGAUUAUCUUUAUAAAGUUUUAUAAAAUCUCUCAAAGCACAGGGAUGUAAAGUUGUUUGCACAAUGAUCAAAAUGUGAGGCGUUUGUAAAAAUGUUACAUUUGAUUUACAGAAGUUAAGCUAUCAGGUUUAUACUGUUAAAGAAGUUAUUUAAAUGUAUUUUGCCUUUACAAUGUGCAAGUCAUUCUAAUCACAUUUUUAUAUUGUGCAAAGCAGCUGAAGUAAACACAUUUGUGUUUUUUAGCUUUGACCACAGUAAAGUUUUUUUUUUCCACAUUAUGAGAAAUCCAAAAAUGUGAUAUACAUCAUCUGAAAAUAACCAACACUAAAAUGAACGCACAAAUGACUGUAAAACACGGUACUCAUAAAGGUGAUAUUUUUGCACAUUGUCAGUUAAUAAAUUCCUGAUCAAUCGCACUCUUAACAGAGGUAACAUUAACAUUUCAAUAAUCAGUAAUUAUGUAUUUGUUGCAUUGUGAGUUAUUAAUAGUUUAUUCAGAAAAUAGUUUUAAGCUAUCUGGAUACCCAAAGUUAUUGUUGUGUGCCUGAGUCAAUAUUGUUUUGAUGACUUUCAACUGGCCUUGGAUUGAUGUUUAGUGAAUCACUUAAACUAAGACUUAGCUCUUGUGUAGGCUGUCCGCCCCUCAGUUGUAUCAAAGACACUGUGGAAGACCAUGUAUACAACAAAUGUCACACAAACUGAACAUGAAGCAAAUUGUAGAAAGGGAUUGUUCUAGGUGGCACACAUUUCUGCAAUUAUGUCCAAAAGCUGGCAUACAAAGUUAGUGGCCUGUAAACACAGUCAAAAUAUCUCGCAGCUAAAGUGCAAACUUGAGACACAAAGAGAGUCAAUACUCGUACUGUAGUAAUUAGAUAGGAAUUCGACUCCAUAGGGCAACAUGGGAUGCACAAGUAGCCAGAUGUUUACAAAUGCAGAAACCCAAACAAUUUGAGUGAGUGUGAGUUUGCUCCAUAGUGGUAAAAGUAGCUUGAAUGAAGAACACUUCUGAGGCACAGCUUGAAUGAAGAACAAUUUUGAGGCACAUGUAGCCUACUUAAGUGAGUCCAUUUCAUCUUAAUUUUACAUCUAUGCUUAUUCACUGAAAUGCCUGAAAUUCACAACUUACUGCAAGUCACUAUUAUAAAUAGUAAACUAGCUUUUAAUUGUGUAGAGUUUUGUGCGCUUUUUAAUUUGUUAUUGCAAGAAUUACUUUAAUUACUUUCUCAAACUCGAUUUGACUACAACACUGCGUGUAAGGUUGGGUAUCGAGAACCGUUACCAAAUUUCCAAGAACCGUGGAUUUGUUAAGAUACGUGCAUUCGGAUUCUGCUUAUCGGUUCCUAACUUUUUCCAUGUUUCAGUGGCGUUUACGAUUGUACUGCAGUGAGCAUGAAAGUGUCUCUUAUCUGCCAGGAUCUGCUACGCCGACCUAACGUCACGUCAUUUGUUACGCAGUACAUCAACAAACCAUGAAGAAGAGUCCUUCUGUUUCCAGUCCUGGACCAAUGGCGGACCGCAGCAAACACUCCAAAGUUUGGCUUAGCUUCACAAAAAAAAAAAAGAAAAAGAGAACGACGCAGCAAAAUAUAACACCUGCAAUAAGGAGGUUUGGUGCGCGGGAGGAAGCAGCUCCAACAUGACGAACUGCAACACUGGCGUGAAUCUGAAGAACGCAGAGUGAUCAAUGUGUCGCGCUUUCUCAGCUGCAAUGACGCCCCAGAUACAGCUAACCCUAACAGUAGCAACAGCUCAGGUACAAAACACCGGUGAGCUGAAAUUCACCUUUUAUAUUGAAGGGUAUCACAACAGAGAUUCUAAAAUAACCGGAUUCGAUAAGUAGAAUCGGAAUCGAUAAAAAUGAAACGAUACCCAACCUUAACUGCAUGAACAAAAUAAAAAUAGGUCCUUCCUUUUUAUGUUGACAGACAGAGCAUUAAAUAAAUAUACUUUUCUACAUAUUCACUUCAAACUCAGGAAUGUUUAAAUAAAUUUAAUUAAGCCAACAAGCGAGUGCUGCUUGGAAAUCUUGGCUCACUGAAAAUGCUGUUACACUCUGACACUCAUUCCACGAAACUCCUCUUAGGGCUCACUUCCAUUUGUUUUGCUCAAACAUACUGUAUAUCCUAAAUGAUGGAGAACUACUGAUUGUACAUUUGCUGUGGUAGAAGACGUCACUGCUGAGUGUUGUUAAGGGCUAAAAUCACACUAUGUUAGUUACUGUAGAAACUGUUAAUGAAACACUUGUAAUAAUGUUUCAGAAGAUGGGAUCAAAAUAUGUUAAAACUAGACUAUAUCUCCUGAUGCUGUGUUUAUUCUGGUAAAUAUUAAUGUUUGUAUUUUAUAUUUGCAAACUUGAGCUGAAAUAAAUUCCAGUAUGAUUUUAA